AUGCGCGCCAUCCAAAUCAGCGAAUAUGUCAAGGGCCCCCUUGACCUCAAAAUAACCGACCUGCCCACACCCUCCCCAACAAAAGACAAAUACCUCAUUGAAAUCCACUCCGCCGGCACAAACUUCUUCGACAUCCUCCAAAUCCAGGGCAAAUACCAACACCAACCGCCUUUCCCAUGGAUAUCCGGCAUGGAAUUCGCCGGCAGUAUUCUGGCAACUCCUACAUCUGCCGGAAACCACAAAUUCAAAGUUGGCGAUAGAGUCUUUGGUGCCUCCCAAGGCGCUUAUGCGACUCACAUCCUUGCGCCUGAGGCAUCGCUUUUCCCGGUACCCAGAGGAUGGAGUUUUGCGGACGCAGCGGGUCUGUUUGUCACAGCGCCGACUUCAUAUGGCGGUCUUGUGACGCGCGCAAAUGUGCAGGCUGGUGAAUGGGUUCUUGUACAUGCUGCUGCCGGCGGUGUCGGGUUAGCUGCUGUUCAGAUUGCGAAAGCUCUAGGCGCCACAGUCAUUGCGGCUACGGGGUCAGAAGAAAAGGGCCAAGUUGCGAGACGGUUUGGGGCGGAUUAUGUGGUUAAUUAUCGUGCCGACAAAAAUUGGCCGGAGCAAGUUAAGAAGCUUUGCAAAGAGAAUCGAAAGGGCAAUGGAAAGGCUGGCGUUGAUGUUGUUUAUGAUCCUGUGGGAAUGAUUGAUCAGAGUUUGAAAUGUGUCGCAUGGAAUGCGAGGUUGUUGGUCAUUGGGUUUGCGGCAGGUACAAUUGAGAAGGUUGCUCUCAACCGUGUCCUUCUUAAAAAUGUGAGCAUUAUCGGGAUACAUUGGGGUCAAUACAUGAACUUUGAGCGUGAAACGGUGCCUGUGGUCUGGAAGGGCAUCUUUGAUUUGAUCGAUCAGGGCAAGUUUAAGAGUACGGCGUUUACGGACGAGAAUUUUAUUGGGCUGGAGAGUGUGCCGAGGGCACUGAAAGCAUUAGGAAGUAGGGGGACUUGGGGGAAGGUUGUGGUCAAGAUUGUGGAUGAUAAAGGAAAAUUAUAG